AUGGGAAAGCCUACUAAAAAGCAAACUCAACCCACAGAAGAGCAGCCCUUUGAGAAUGAUGAAGACGACGGAACGCAAGCUAGCCAAAAUGUACAACAUGCUGCUAGCAACGCACCGCUAACUCUGGCCGACAUGGAGAAACUUCUCAAGUCAAUGGAGGACCGCAUCAUAGCCAAACUAUCUGAUCAACUCUCUGCUGACCGAGCAACUAUCGACCGGCAUGACCAGACAAUUCAGCACAUGGAAACAUCACUCAACGACAUGGAGACCAGACUGACAACUCUCGAAACCACCUGCGCAGCUCUGGUCAAAGAGAAUGAGGCCCUCAAACUUAAAACGGAUGAUCUUGAAAACAGAUCUAGACGCAAUAACAUCCGUAUAACCGGCCUACCUGAAAAAGUUGAGGGUACACAGCCAACCGCCUUCAUGGAGAUAUUUCUGAAAGAAACGUUCGGUUCAGACGCCUUUCCUACUCCUCCAGCUGUUGACAGGGCCCACAGAAUCGCCAUCCCCCGGAAAAAGCCAGGCGACCCUCCACGUCCAUUCAUUGCGAGGAUCCACCACUACCAGACCAAGGAGCGUAUCCUGAAGUUAGCGCGGGAGGCUGGGUCUCUCUCAUUCCGUGGAUCGGACAUUCACAUCUACCCCGACUACAGCGUGGAGGUCUCCAAGAAAAGAGCAGCUUACGCCUCGGUCAAGUCUGAGCUGAGAAAUGCCGGACUCGCCUACAGGAUGUUUUUCCCUGCCAAGCUGCAAGUUAUCGACAAGAACGGCCAGAAACUGACUUUUUCUUCACCCGGAGAAGUUUCCUCCUUCCUCCAAAACAACCGACCAGACACAGCUACCACUCCCUCCCGAAGGAAAGACUUGAAAGCCAUUAAGGAACCUUCCCUGGGAGUGCUGCCUGAGGUGGACAAUGAGAAUUCUCCCAUGCUGCCAACCGCCAUGACACCAAGGAGCUCCAAGAGGAAGUCAGCCCAACUGGUGUCUUCACGCAUCAGGAGGCAGCUGGGCACCCAGCUGGACUUUAACUCAGACGGGGAGGAUGAUGAAGAAUUUCUCCCAUCAAAGAAGGAGCUACAAAGCAGCAGUGAGGAUGAGGAGGAAGAAGAAAAGGUGGAUAGUGACGAGGAAGUUGCGGUAAAAAAGAGCAAACGAGGUGCAUCAGGUUCUCGUACCCCUCGCUCCACACAGAAGACCCGCUCCUCGACCAGGACUCCACGCAAAACCCCCAGCAAGAAGACCACACCUAAUACACCAAGGACACCUCGUCAUAUCACACCCAGUAUCCCCAGCCGCUCCCUGCCAGCCAGACAGCCUGCAAAUGUUCUAGAGGAGGCCAGUACAAGAUUGCAUGUGUCCGCCGUGCCAGAUUCUCUGCCCUGUCGAGAGCAGGAGUUUCAGGACGUCUACAGCUUUGUGGAGAGCAAGAUCAUGGAUGGCACCGGAGGGUGUAUGUACAUCUCUGGUGUCCCGGGCACAGGGAAGACGGCCACAGUACAUGAGGUGAUGCGCUGCCUGCAGCAUGCAUCAGACAUGGACGAGAUCCCUCCAUUUCACUUCAUUGAGAUCAACGGCAUGAAGAUGACAGACCCUCAUCAGGCCUAUGUGCAGAUUCUACAGAAAAUGACCGGCCAGAAGGCCACAGCUGACCAUGCAGCAGCUCUGUUGGAGAAGAGGUUCAGCAGCCCUGCACCCAGGAAGGAGACUACCGUCCUGCUCGUGGAUGAACUGGACCUAUUGUGGACCAGGAAACAGAACGUGAUGUACAAUCUGUUUGAUUGGCCAACGCGACGCCACGCACGCUUGGUGGUACUGACAAUCGCCAACACCAUGGACCUGCCGGAGAGAAUCAUGAUCAACAGAGUGGCUAGCAGACUGGGCUUGACCAGGAUGUCAUUCCAGCCGUACAGCUUUAAACAGCUGCAGCAGAUUAUCAUGUCCAGACUGAACAAGGUCAAGGCCUUUGAGGAGGAUGCGCUCCAGUUGGUGUCCAGAAAGGUGGCUGCUUUGUCGGGUGACGCCCGUCGCUGUUUGGACAUCUGUCGCCGAGCAACUGAGAUUUGCGAACAUUCUGCCCCCAACCCUUCCUCCACAGGACUAGUGGGAAUGACUCAUGUGAUGGAGGCGUUGAACGAGAUGUUUUCUUCUGCUUACGUUACUGCCAUCAAGUGUGCAUCGGUUCAGGAACAACUCUUCCUGAGAGCGGUCAUUGCUGAGUUUCGACGGUUGGGAUUGGAGGAGUCCACGUUCCAGCAGGUGUUUGUGCAGCACCAGGCUCUUUGUCGGGUGGAGGGUCUGCAGCCCAUCACUGUGUUGGAGGGCCUGGCCGUGUGCCAGCGUCUUGGAGCCUGCCGUUUACUUCUGCUGGAGCCCAGCCGUCUGGGAGUGCAGCAGCGCGUCCGCCUCAAUGUCAGUCAGGAUGACAUCCUCUAUGCCCUCAAGGCGGACUGA